CGCAGCGCGGCGGCGAUGGGCGGCGGAGCACGGGAGCUGGCUGGGUACCUGGCGGCGCUGGGCGGGUGGGUGGCGGCUCUGGCGGCCGCAGCGCUGCCCCAGUGGAGACAGAGCUCGUACGCCGGGGACGCCAUCAUCACGGCGGUGGGGCUGCACGAGGGGCUGUGGAUGAGCUGCGCCGCGCAGAGCACCGGGCAGGUGCAGUGCCGCCUCCACGACUCGCUGCUCUCCCUCGACGUUCACAUCCAGACCUCCCGGGCUCUCAUGGUUAUUUCUCUCCUCCUGGGUUUCUUUGGCAUCAUCGUGAGUGUCGUGGGCAUGAAAUGCACCAAGGUUGGUGAAGAGGAUCCUGUCACCAAGAGCCGCAUUGCUGUUGCUGGAGGUGUCCUCUUCAUCCUCUGCGGUCUGUGCACGUUAGCGGCCGUCUCCUUGUACGCCACGCAAGUGACCUAUGAGUUCUUCAGUCCCAGCACUCCAAUCAACGCCAGGUACGAGUUCGGCUCAGCACUGUUUGUUGGCUGGGGGGCCGCCAGCCUCACCAUGCUGGGGGGCUCCCUGCUGUGCUGCUCCUGCCCUGCCAAGGAGCGCCAAGGACAGCAGUACUACCGACAGUCGCAGCCUUCCACAGCCCGGGAGUACGUCUGACCCCAGCCCUGCCCUCCCACGCCCUCCCCUCCCAAGAGCAGGCAUGGCCCUGGUGUUCCCACAUGGCACGGCACACGGGCACCACCAGAGACCUUUCUUCUGCUGGGGAUGCACCCACUUCUCAGGCAUUUUUCUAGGUUGCAGCACAAGCCUCUAAAACGGGCUGUUGGUCAGAAUUCCCCGUAUCCAGCACCACCAGCCUGCAGGGGCUGCACCUCCACCCCCAGCCCCGCGCUGCUGGGGCUGUGGGUGGCUGGGCCAUGCCCCAGUGCCUAGCAGGGGGUGCUGGGGGUGGGCUGCACAGAGGCGCUUUGUGCUUGUCCACCCCACCGCAUGCGACUGUCCCUGUGUGCCCCUCCGUCUCCUGCAGCCUCACCACUGGGUUUUCCAGGGAAGAGGAUGCUGCACCAGCACUGGUGGCUUAGGAAACAUUUCUGCUUUCAGGGUGCAGGUGUGCCCUGCGUGGCUGCUGCCCCAAAGCAACACUGGUAUUAAUCGUUCUUGAUGUGAGCACAUGAGGAAUGAAAGCAUGGCAGUUUGGUGGUUGCUGGGGCUCCAGCUGAGCUCUGCCAGCUAAAAUCUGACCCAGGCAUAUUUCUCACCAGGCGCAAGUAUGCGGCCUUGUUAAGCAGGAGAACAAACUGGUGUUGGCCAGGUUAAAGCAGGCAAAAUGGGGACUGUGAGCACAGGCAAUGGCUUGUUUUUACUUUGAUGCCCAGCGUAGCUGUUUCAGUUAACUUCGAGAUGGACAAACCUGUGAACUUUGAUGUCUCCUCACUGUUUCCAAAUGCCCCUUCCUCAGUAGGAUUGGUGAAGUCCUUUAGGCUCAGCAGUGCUAAUUGCCACCUCCUCUGUGUCCACGCCGUGGCUGUUACUAACACACCAGCGCUCCAGUUCCUCCUGUAGAUCCUCUGAAGGCCCCAUGCUGCCAUCUGUCCGUCUGCUGUACGUGGUAUGCCAGCUAAACCGCAGGAAACAAAACAGUGGAAAUGAUCCAAAGAGCCCGGCUUUGCGGUUUUGCUUUUUUUUUUUUUUUAAAUUAUUACUUUAUAAAUCCCCAUUACCCAUAUAGCUGAUUUCUCCCUGCUUUUUUUGUCUGCUUUAUACCCAUGUGCUGCUCUUGUUCCUGGCUAAAUGUGGCCAUUUGUCCCAAAAUUAAAGGUUGGGGCAGCAGCUCCCCAUGCAGGAGGGAAGCAGAGCAGUCCCUGCUCUGGGGGUUGGCUUCUGUAAGGCAGGAAGGACUAACAGCCCUCUCUCUCUUUUGCAUUGCAGACCCCAUGUAAAAAUAUCGUCAGCCAUCAGGGGAGAGCAGUGCUUGUAGUGUCUGCACUGUCAGGGAGGCUGGUGCUUGGUUUCCCCUCAAAACACACUCCAAAGCUACUGCAGUGAGGAUUGGGAAGGAAAACUGUGCUUAAAAAUAUAUGUAUCUAAAGUGUGUUUUUAUAUAGAGAGCGCAGUGUUGUGUAGAAGAAUGUUUUUAUUCUUUUAAUAUAAACAUGCAUUAACUUUUCUGUGCGAUGUACACUGUGGGAGCAGCACUGUUUGGGAUUCCUUUUUUUGUUUUUUUUUCAGGUUGUUUGUACUAAAAAUUGUGACUCAAUGUUAUUAAAAUAUUUCUGAUUAUGGGUGUCUUUCUGAAAUCAUCUCUUUGCCCUCCAUCCAAACCUGGGCCUCUUCGCACUGCUCCUGUGCCAGUGCCACAGGGCUGAGGCCUAUCCCUGGUGUGGGCAGGGGGUCUGGGAGGGGUUUGGGCAGGGAGUUUGGCUUGAAGGUUUCUGCCUGCUGCUGGCUCUGAGGCUAGGACCACCUCCUUUCAGCCUGCUGGGAGGCACUUGAAAUAAGUGUGGUUCCUAAGAGUGGCCCACCAGGCCUUGAGCCAACGUGAAGCAGAACUUUGCAGGUGCACCCAGGCAGGUGCUACUGCUCAAACUGUGGCCUAAAAGAUAGCAUAAUUUCAGCCUAAUGCACCUAAAUCCCAUCUGACUGGCCCGGCACAUCACCCCUGUAGCUGUGGCCUGGGCCCUUCUCAGGCUGCGGCCUCACGUGGGCCUGUCCCAGGCUGCAGCCUCGCGUGUGCCCUCCUGGCCAGGCCCCAUCACCUCCCAUUCCUCAGCUCAGCCCUAAAACAAAGCACUCAUUGCAGUCACCCUGCUGCUUGU